AUGCCUGGUGACCGGCGCACCUUCUCGGGCGUGUCCAUGUCGACCAACAAGUCGGUCAACGGCUCCAACUCGCAGGUCGGGCAGAAGAUCAAGAACUUUUUCCGCAUCACCUCAUCCUCGACCAAGGAUGACCUGAUUGGCCCGGGAAAGACCAGUUCUGAGGGCCCCUCGACCCCGCGCUCUGAGCACAAACUCCGCAACAGUCGCUUUCUGCCACACAUCGGUCGAAAUAGGAGUCAGACCGUCGCCAGCGAAGGCAAUGCCCUCGACGAACUGAGCCCGACCGCCAACGCCAAUCCCUACUUUGCACACCAGGGUCCGCCAGCUCUCCGCCACCACAACGCCGACAGUGUACCUCCGAGUCCUCCAGACACACCUAUCAAGAAAGGCCAGGAAGCCGAAGACGAAGCUGCUGUUGUUGCUGGCAAGGAGGAGCUGGCACGGAAACUGCGUCGUGUCGCUAGUGCUCCCAAUGCCCAGGGCCUGUUUACAAAGACCAACUCCAGCGACAGCCGGCCACAGACUUCCGACAUGAUGAGCAAGGCCUCCCCACUCGCUCAGCAACACUCAAACAUCUCGGUGCAGUCAAUGGUCGAGACAGUGCCCAUGAGCAGCUCUCCCGAUCUGCUCCCUGUACCUGGCAUCCCCAGCCCUGGCAAGAUUAGAAGUGCGGCAGCCUUCCGUAGGACUUAUAGCAGCAACAGCAUCAAAGUACGCGAUGUCGAAGUCGGCCCUGGAAGCUUCGACAAGAUCAAACUGAUCGGUAAGGGUGAUGUCGGAAAGGUGUACUUGGUGCGCGAGAAGAAGAGCUCCAGAUUGUACGCCAUGAAGGGUAAACACGCACAACCUUUGGAUCUUGAGACCGUCCACUGA